AUGACACCCUGGAAUAGACACCGCCACGUUCUCCACGGGGGGCUCACGAGCUUUCAAGAGUACCAGGAGCUUCACCGCGAAUCGAUCGAGAACUCGGGGGAGUUCUGGGGGCGAGAAGCGCGCGACCUCAUUUCCUUUCACCAAGACUUCACCGAGACCACGCGAGGCAGCUUGGAGGCGGGCGAUGCCACCUGGUUUACGGGGGGCCGCCUGAACGCGGCCUACAACUGCGUUGAUCGCCAUGCCGCAACAAAGCCCAACCAAGUGGCUAUCAUCUUCGAAGGUGAUGAGCCUGGGACUGGUCGCACGAUCACCUACGCCGAGCUCCAAACCGAGGUCUGUCGGGCCGCAGCCAUGCUCCGGGCAUUGGGGUUGCAGAAGGGAGACCGGGUGGUGAUAUACAUGGGGAUGAUCCCCGAGGUCAUCAUCGCGACGCUGGCCGUCGUGCGGCUGGGUGCCAUACACACCAUCAUCUACGACGGCUUCUCGGCUAAUGCUCUGGCCGGCCGAAUCCAGGAUCUGGAUGCAAGACUGGUCAUUACUGCCGACUACAGUCGACGGGGCGGCGUAUAUCUCCCGAUGAAGCCGGCGGUUGAUGAGGCGCUCCAGCAGUGUCCCCGGGUAGAAAGAAUGUUGGUCGUUCGCCACCAGCCGCAAACACAGCCCCUGGUAGCCUGGAACUCGGAGAGAGAUGUCUGGUGGCAUGACCUACUGGCCCAGACAGUCGUUGAUGCAGACUUAGCCCCGGAGUGGGUGGACGCUGAACACCCUCUCUUUGUGCUCUACACGUCCGGGUCAACUGGCAAGCCCAAGGGGCUGGUGCAUGUCACCGGAGGCUUUCUGGUCGGCAUCGCGGUGAUGGGCAAGUACAUGCUGGGGCUGCGAGAGGGCGAUGUGCUCUUCUGCACCGGCGAGGUGGGCUGGAUCACCGGCCUGCUCUGCGGGCUGUACACGCCGCUGCUCCUGGGCCGUACCACUGUCAUCUACGAAGGCAGUCCGAUAUAUCCCUCGCCGCUUCGUUACUGGGAGAUCUGCGAGCAAAACCGUGUCACCCAUUUCUACGCAGCUCCUACCGCGCUCCGGCUGCUGCGCAUGCUCUCGCCUCCGGGGGAGGUCCCGCUUCCGAUGACCCGGUUGCGUCUUCUUGGGUCUAUCGGGGAGCCUAUAGCUCCCGAAGUCUGGAGCUGGUAUCAUCGCAGCAUAGGCAAGGGCCGAGCUCACCUGCUCGACACCUACGGGCAGACCGAGACAGGGGCCUUCCUGAUGGCGCCCAUGGCCGGAGUCACACCAACCAAACCCGGAAGCUGUGCCUUUCCUAUCUUCGGCAUCGAUCCGGCUAUUAUUAGAGCCGAUGGCGAUGAGGAUGACGAGAACACGAGGGCCGGCGCGCUUGUGAUUCAGAAGCCCUGGCCGAGUCUCGCUCGUACAGUCUGGGGUGAUCACGAGAAGUUCAUGACCUCUUAUCUUCGACCCUAUCCUGGCUGUUAUUUCACCGGAGACGGCGCCCGCCAGGACCGCGACGAAUACUACUGGAUCACCGGACGUCUCGACGACGUGGUGAACGUAUCGGGCCAUCGUCUGUCGACCGCGGAGAUAGAAGCAGCUUUACUCGAGUUAGCCCUGGUGGCCGAGGUCGCUGCCGUAGGUGUCGAUGACGAGCUCACCGGCCAGGCCGUGGUGGUCUUCGCCGUACUCAAAAAGACGGCAGAGCCUCGGAAACCUCCGCGUGCAAGCGAGUUGACCAAACAAGUCGCUCUACGCAUCGGUUCAUUCGCCAAGCCGCGAGCUGUGCAUCUAGUUCCCGACCUUCCCAAGACUCGGUCAGGCAAGAUCCUCCGACGAGUGUUGCGCAAGAUCCUGGAGGGCGACUUGGCAGGGAUCGGGGAUACGUCUACCAUGCUCGCUCCGGAUGUCAUUCAAAGUGUGGUCAAGGUUGUUAAUCCGAGGACCUUUGCGCGCAGAUGAUGGAAUGUUGGUAAAUGCCUACGAUCUACGUGGGAGAUGAAUUUGUUUCACAAGGUGAAACGUAGUUGUUGGAACUAUGGAGUAGGGCUACUCGGUAGGAAUAUUAUAGACGACUUGAACUUGUGGG